AGAUCAAGAACCUCUGAUUAGCCAUUUCGUCAUCGGCAGUACUGCAAAGGGAGCAGAGGAAAACAACGGCACAACAGGCGUGAGCUUCAGCGCCGAUGAUCGAGAUGUGCUUCAGUUCCUACGUGAGGAUUUUCAAUAUGCGCGCAGAUUACAGGCAGAGAGGCUCGCAUCGGGUGACAAUAGAGGUGGAGGCAAAAGGAGCACAGAGGAACCUCUACCCAUUGAUACUUUGUGGAACAGCGACAUCGAGCAGAAGUAUAAGGGACAAUUGAAUGCCCUGACUAGAUUAUCUUCCUCUUCGAGCUCUAGUUCUACUGCUCCUGAUGCAGGAGCUGCUGAGGCAGCUGGAGGAGGGACCGAUGCAGCAGCAGGAGGAGUUCCCGCAAACAGUACUACAAGUGGUCCAUCAUCAUCUCUACGCCGCGAUCUAGCCCGUACCUAUCGCAAAGCACACUGCGUGAUGAAAAAUGUGC